UUUAUAACCCAACAUGCCGUAAGUUAUACCUGUUUAGGGUUUAAUCUCUCUCUCACUUUCCGUCCGCCCUUUCUGUCUAUCGUCCGCCGCGCGACGGUUGCAGUCCAGCCUUCCGUCGGUGUUUGGACCCGCCAGCAGUACACUACUUCUCUCUUGCUCCUCGGUGGUUUAACAGUGCCGUUUUCUCUCGGUUUUGAGCGUUCAUUUUCGUUACCCACGACCUGUUGGACCUUGAAUCGAUCCAUCCAGUUUAUUCUGGCGUUUGAUCCCAGUUUUUGUACAAUUUGGAACACCGUACAGCAUGGAACACUGUACAGCAAGGAACUGAGUCCCUUUGUUCCUUUUUGGUGUUUGCAGGGACAUCGUAUUUUUGUGGGUAUUGUGCUCUCCAUCGUGAGGCAUAUAAUCUAGUCAUCGAAUCAAAGUUUCCUAGCUGUAUACUGCAACUCAGGGAUAAACCAUGUUGUUGGUUCUUGCUUAUCAUGACCUUGCAAACAAAGUACAUGACUUUUGUGUAUGUCAUAUUCCUCUUCUCUAUGCAUCCUCAAAGGUCUUUCUAUAUAUAAGCUCCAAACGUUCAUACCUAAACCAUGGAGAAAUGUACCUGUGAGCAAUGGUAGUAAAUUUAUGAUUGAUUCUAUUUUUUCUUCCCUUAAAAACUUUGCCUCUAAUGGUCAAUUGUCUAAAACAUUUGAGGCCUUCUCCCUCAUUCGAUUGCGUGCUAGUUAUAAUGAUUCAUUUGACCUCAUCUUGCAAUCCAUCUCCAUUCUUCUUGUAUCAUGUACCAAUUGUAGCUCACUCCCACCAGGUAAGCAACUUCAUGGUCACAUUAUCACGUCAGGUCUUGAGGAAGACUCUUUUUUGGUCCCCAAGCUUGUCACGUUUUAUUCAAGCUUUAAACUUCUGCCUGAGGCUCAUACCCUUGUUGAGACUUCUAAUUUAUUUCACCCCUGCGCUUGGAAUCUACUCAUCAUAUCAUAUGUUAGAAAUGAACUUCAUGAGGCAGCUAUUUUGGCUUAUAAGCAGAUGCUGAGUAAAGGGGUCAGACCAGAUAAUUUCACUUUUCCCUCCAUUUUGAAGGCUUGUGGUGAAACACGAAAUUUGGAAUUUGGUUUAGAGGUUCACAAGUCUAUUAAUGCUUGGUCAACUAAAUGGAGUUUGUUUGUUCAGAAUGCUCUGGUAUCAAUGUACGGAAGAUGUGGAGAGGUGGACACUGCACGUAACUUGUUUGACAAUAUGCUCGAAUGGGAUGCUGUAUCUUGGAAUUCAAUGAUAUCUUGUUAUGCCUCCAAGGGUAUGUGGAAGGAGGCAUUUGAACUAUUUGACGGCAUGCAGAGUAAGUGUGUUGGGAUUAAUGUUGUAACUUGGAAUAUUAUAGCUGGAGGUUGCUUGCGGGUUGGUAAUUUUACUCGAGCACUCAAGUUACUGUCUCAAAUGAGAAAUCUUGGUAUUUAUUUGGACAAUGUAGCAAUGGUAAUUGGUUUAGGUGCUUGUUCCCACAUUGGUGCCAUUAGACUGGGAAAGGAAAUCCAUGGCUUUACUAUCAGACAUUAUUAUCAUAAGUUGUCCACCAUUCAAAAUGCUUUAGUUACCAUGUAUGCUCGAUGUAAAGACAUAAUGCAUGCAUAUAUGUUGUUUCGGUUAAAUGACGACAAAAGUAUAAUCACAUGGAAUUCUAUGCUUUCUGGUCUCACACACUUGGACCGGGUUGAGGAUGCAUUGCAUCUGUUUAGAGAAUUGUUACUGUUUGGUGUAGAACCGAACUAUGUGACAUUUGCUAGCAUUCUUCCUCUUUGUGCUCGAGUUGCAGAUUUACAACAUGGGAGAGAAUUUCAUUGCUACAUUACUAAACGUCAAGAUUUUAGGGAUUAUUUGUUAUUGUGGAAUGCUUUGGUGGAUAUGUAUGCAAGGUCGGGCAAGGUUUUAGAAGCAAAAAGGGUUUUUGAUUCGUUAAGCAAGAAGGAUGAAGUGACGUAUACAUCCCUGAUUUCAGGUUACGGUAUGCAAGGAGAGGGGGCCAAAGCCCUAAGACUAUUCGAAGAGAUGAAAAGGUUCGAGAUCAAACCAGAUCAUAUAACUAUGGUUGCUGUCCUAUCAGCUUGCAGCCAUUCAGGUCUCCUGGAACAAGGUGAACUUUUAUUUGCAGAGAUGCAAAGUGUGCAUGGGCUAAGGCCCCAUUUGGAACACUAUGCUUGCAUGGCAGACCUGUUUGGGAGGGUUGGUUUGUUGAACAAAGCAAAGGAAAUUAUCACAAGAAUGCCUUACAGACCAACGUCUGCUAUGUGGGCCACUCUUAUUGGAGCAUGUUGCAUCCAUGGAAACACAGAUAUCGGGGAAUGGGCAGCAGAGAAACUUCUGGAAAUGUGGCCCGAACAUUCUGGUUACUAUGUCUUGAUUGCUAACAUGUAUGCUGCUGCAGGUUCUUGGAGUAAGUUGGCAAAAAUAAGGACUCUUAUGAGAGAUUCUGGUGUUGCAAAAGUUCCGGGUUGUUCUUGGGUUGACGUUGGCUCUGGAUUUGUCUCAUUCUUGGUUGGGGACACAUCUAAUCCUCAAGCCCUUGAAUCUAAGCUCGUGUUAGACAGUUUGAACGAUGUAAUGAAACAAGCUGACCAGGCCAGCAGGGAGUUGAGCAUCGACUUGCUUCUGCAGAACAGGAUAAAACUUGCCAUCACCAAAUUGUAAGUAUCCUUUGAAUGUACAUUGAGUGGUUGUUUGGGACUUGGGAGCUUUUUCCUUUAUUAUAAAUUUAUGAUACUGUAGACGUUGAAGGUAAAAGUUGAAACACUUUCUGUUAAGGAUUUAUUACGACUCUUUGAGCAAUGGAAUUUUGUUUUAGAAGGAUAA